AUGGCUUUCACAGACAGCUCGGGUGGAUCUACCUCUUCAUAUUUAGCGGAAUCAGAAUUGCAGAAACUCACAAUUGACAGUUUCGAUGAGAUUUGCGACCAUGGGCCAUCAGCCCAAGGCUCCCAAGCAACUUCGCUAUUGCAGAGAUUGAGUUCCUUCAGCAUUGUCGCAACGAAGAUUCUAGGAAUCUAUAACAAGAAAGCAACCGCUAUCUCUGGUCGCAGCAAAGUCUUUCAGUUACUCCAUAUUCCAGCCCUUAUUGCGUUGAUUCUUUCGAUCAUCGGCGGAAUAAACCAAUACUCGUCGAAUACAUCCGAGCAUUCUGAAGGACAAAACGAAACCAGAGCUGGAAUCAUUCUGUUUGUCGCCAUAUACAUCGUGCUUUGCAUUCUGUGGUCGACAACAGUCAGGGGCCUCCCUCGGAUGGCACCAAGCCAAAAGCGUAUCGUCGGCGUGGUUCUGUCAGCGUUGCCAUUGAUCGCUUGUCGUCUGCUAUACAGUCUUAUCACCAAUUUCAGCCAUGACCGUCAAUUUUCCUUGGUCGAUGGAAAUGUGACUAUCCGGCUUUGCAUGGCCACCAUCGAGGAAUUCCUUGUGGUUCUGAUGUACGCCGUGCUGGGUGUGUUUACUCCUCGUUCUGACGUCGCAGUGAACAGGACAGAUUCAAUUUUUCAGAAACAGUCAUAUCAGUCCGGGAAUAUGCAGUUCCAUACUUCGCCUCUUGAUCCUCGCAAUGCUCAUAACCUUGGAUGGUACGAGCCAGCUUAG